AACGGCAAGGAGCUGGAGGCGUAGUGGGAUGGUCCUUCUCUUUGGCACACCGAGUCGUACUUGGAUUGAUUGCCAUGUUAUGAGCGGGCGAAGGGUCGGACGAUAUCAAAGCAGGUGACCAGUCGUGCCAGUGCGCCGCACUGGCAUGGUGGCGCGGCUGCGUUGUGUCAUCAGACACAUGGGGAAAGGAGGAGGAUACCCCAACCAGAGGAACGAAGGUUAAAUUUCAUCGUCAUCAUCAGCACUAUUUCUUCACCGUUACUUCGCUCCAUAGCUAUUUUACAAAACUAAGGGAGUAAUCGUCGACCGUUCGAUCGGAUGUGAUCACGUUCCGUGAAAGCACAGAAUCUGGCUUUGAUAUUUCGAGAACAUCAGAGAUUUCACGGUCUUUGACGAGACGUAGACAGGCUAAUCAACGCGAUUUCGAUUUCUACAUUGGGGAGCUGUGAGGAGGAGGUGGACCCGUGUUUGUGUAUACAUACAAAUAUGUAUAUAUAUUCGUUUGCAUGGACGUACGGUAGGGUGAAAGGGUGCGAUUUUCGUUAAUUAUGGCGUCGACGAUAGGGUACUUGGUGUAAUUGUGAGAUCGUGUAGUAGUGAUUGCGUUUAUUUGCGCGUUGAGGCCGGGUUAUGGGCAGAGAUUGAUUGAUGAAAUGCGAGAGAGGUUGGGAUUGCGUGCGGCGGGAAGUGGUGACACGGACUAGAAGCAGGGGAAUUUAACGAGUAGGCUUAAUCAGUAUUUUACACGGGCAUGGUGCGGUGUUUGGAAGCCAGCUUAGCCAGGUAGUAGACGCAUGGAUGCUUUAUCUUUCCCAGGACGACGAAGUUGCUGCUGGCCCGCGAGAACGUAGAGAAGGCGGACAGACCUUGCAUGGAUGCCAUGGGAGCUAGAGGCUGCAUGGGCUCGUGACACGUGGGCACUUAUCGGCGGUUACUUGGAGUGAUGACGUACUCGUGUUUACGUAUAUGCAUUGAUCGUCGAAGGAAUUGCCGAUGACUCUCGAUCGAUUCGAACGGGCAGAACCAGAUUGUGAGAGGGAAGAGGGGAGAGGGGAUAUCGAGGCCAGCUACACAGGGGCGCGCCGGGCUAGACGCGAGGGAUAGUAGGCCAGGCGAGCAUCAACAGCGCGAGGUCAGUCCUGCAGGGAGUAAGGUUAUUGCCCUGGAAUUGUGGAGGGUUUCUCGAGUGUAAAAAGUGCGUCUCUGUGCGUGUGGUGUAAGAGAGAGAGAGAGAGAGAGAGAGAGAGAGAGAGAGAGAGAGAGAGAGAGAGAGAGAGAGAGAGAGAGAGAGAGAGAAGAUGGUGUCGGUAACAGCGCGCACUGCGGUCAAGAGGCUCGCGGAGAGCGUGCCUCGGUCGAUAGUGGAGGAUCUUCAUAAGUGUUCGCUGAAGAAGCAGACAGGAGUGAGCUUGAAGAAUAUGAUGGAUUUUGGUAGCUAUCCGACAGAACGCAACUUGUUGAUUUCUGCCCAGUUUUUGCACAAGGAAUUGCCCAUUCGUCUGGCUCAUCGCGUCGUGGAGCUCGAGAAUCUUCCCUAUGGACUCUCCUUGAAGGCCCCUGUCCUUAAGGUCCGAGAUUGGUAUGUCGAUUCGUUCCAGGAUCUGCGAAGCUUCCCUGAGCCAACUGACACAAGCGAUGAAAUACGGUUCACGGAGUUAAUACGAGUGAUCAAAUUACGGCAUACCAAUGUGAUGCCGGAGAUGGCGAUGGGAAUAUGGGACAUGAAGCAAGAUCUGGAACUGAGCAAGAAGAAAGGGCUUAACUACCUGCCGGAACUUCAUCAGUUCUUGGAUCGAUUCUAUUUAUCCAGAAUUGGAAUUCGUAUGCUGAUUGGUCAACAUGUUGCACUCCAUCAGCCGAAUCCCCCGCCGGGAUAUAUCGGGUUGAUAUGCACGAACUUGUCACCCCUGCAAGUUGUCCACGAUGCAAUUGAUGAUGCACGGUACUCCUGCAUGCGUGUGUACGGGAAUGCCCCAGAGGUCCACGUAUAUGGCGACCCCAAUUUCAGAUUCGCAUAUGUGCCGACGCACUUGCAUCACAUGAUUUUCGAGUUGGUGAAGAACUCUCUCCGUGCUGUACAGGAGCGUUUUGCACAUCUGGAUGUUGACCCUCCUCCAAUUAGAGUUGUUGUGGCUGACGGCCUGGAGGAUGUGACGAUCAAGAUUUCUGAUGAAGGUGGAGGCAUUCCUCGGAGCGGUUUGCCAAAGAUUUGGACUUAUCUGUACAGCACAGCGCCAUCGCCAUUGGCCUCGUAUAGGGCGGGUGGUUUCCCAAGUGUGCUGGCCGGUUACGGUUAUGGAUUGCCAGUCAGUCGCCUGUAUGCACGCUACUUUGGAGGGGACCUCCAAGUUAUUUCCAUGGAGGGCUACGGGACUGAUGCAUACCUCCACUUGAAUCGCCUGGGAAAUGUACAAGAGCCAUUGCCCUAACAAGACAGGCAUGUCAUGGGGCUUGCUGCUUUGCGAUAAUCGUACAAGGAUAUUUGCCUGGUAUGCUAUGCAUGGCAUGGGAUUGCAUUGGGAAUGGUUUUAGGUGGUGGUGCAAGUUCCCCAAGAUGACGAGGUGCCAAACGACUUCAUUGGUAUGAGCUCCUGGGAGUCAACAGCCUGUUAUCCCUGUCGUACCUUUGAUCAGUUAAGUGGGAACUGUCGCCACACGGGGUCCCCAGACCACUAUGGCCGACUUUCGUCUCUGUUCGACUUGCGUGAUGCCAGGAUGGGUUUUGUAUUUUAGGUUUUUAGAUUUUGUUAUGUGGACAAACAUGCCAUUUUGUUUGCAGGAUGUGGGAUCUUUUGUAUUGGAGUUUUUGUGUUUUGCCUUUCCUUCCCAUGUGUCUAAGCCCUGUAGCACCUCUCCUCUUCUGCGCGGAACUUCAGCACUUGAGGAUUGUGGCAGCGGUUCGCGGCAUUCGUGCAGAAGCAGCAGCAGCAGCAGCAGCAGCAGCAGGAGGAGGAGAAGGAGGAGGAGGAGGAGGACUUAGACCUGCCAUUGUCCUUUACUCCUCCUAGCGACAGUGCUUGUCUUGUCUAUAAACUCUUUGUCCGUUCCUGUAUCUAAUCCUCUUUUGUAGGAUUUUUUGGAUUCAGCAAUUAGGAGACAAUGGAGGGGGAGUGGUGGGAGGAGGAGGUGAUGGGGAUGUAUGGUGCAGAUGUGAAUUGGGUGCUCAUGAAGGGGAAGCAUGUUGUGCCUUCUGAAACAAGCGACAUCGGGAAAAGCGUAUGUGCUUGCUGAGGGCAUCUUCGGGAAAGUGGUGAAUUGGGUGCUCAUGAAGGGGAAGCAUGUUGUGUCGAUGAGGAAUACUCUUGAUGUGUAUUGACGAUCGAUGACACUUGUUAAGAGGUUUGAUAAUUUUUUUAGUCUGUAGGGUGACUGGGUUGGAGCAACUCUCAAUGUUUCCUGCAGAUUAGGCAGGGCAUCUGACCGGUGCAAAGUGGGCGAUCUGCGACCGAGAAGGUUGGGUUGCGUCCGAAUGUGGUAUAGGGCACAUGGGGUUAGGCUUGCAUGUAGAGAAGUUGCGGAUAAUGAAUGGUUGCUGCAGAUGAUAGAGAAUGUGAUGGAGAGAGCAAGGAGGAACCUAGUGGAUGACCUUAGCCAAUUAUGUAUCUCAUUGGUUUCAGGGCAGUGGUGAGCAGUAGUGCGGUUAAAGACGAAGCCUGAGCCAGAGUCGGUCUUGGUUGUCCCGCUACUGAUGCCUAUUAUUCUUAAUCCGUACUCGGUUGAGGGUUGAGACGAGGGAAGCGAUGAAGGCGCGAUGAGGGAGGAAGACCAAGAGGAAGGAAUGAAGGGAGGAAUGCAUUCGUGGUCGUUACACUGCGCGUUAUUGAUUUUGUGUAGGGUGCUUCGUUUUAAUGUGAAUCAGGGAAGAGGGAGGGAUGGGUAGGUAGGAAGUAGGGUAGGGAAGGUUUGCGCUCACGUUGUUAGAAACUUCAUCCUUUUGUAAAGGUUGAUGGGAUGUUCAUCUUGAUAGCUUUUAUCUUCUGUGGUGUGUGGGGUAGUUUUCCUCGAUGAUUGGUGUACUGAAUUUGAAAUGGAGUGGCGAGGAGGGGCAUCGAGAUGAAAGGAAGGGAGGAAGGUAAAGGGAUGGGAGGAAAGAGGGGGGCCUGUCGCCUUCAGCUGUAUUGGUAGCUCCUAUGUGUGUAGUGUGUGGGGUUGUUCCCUUUCACAACUGGAUAAAGGUUGACGUAGUGGUAUCUGAAAUGGGCAUUGAGCUAGAGGGAGGGAGGGAGAGGGGGGGGGGGGUUAGUGAGAGGUGGGAGGAAGGGAAAAGGGCAGGGUUGGGUUUCUGACAGCCCUCAUUUUUAUUGUUCGUGGGGUUGUUGUUUCUGGCGACUUCAUCAUCGAUGUCAUAAAGGUUGUUCUUGUGGUUCCUGCAACGAACGUGUUUCUUGCUCUACCCUCAUCUCAGGAUGCUCAGAUUUUUCAUAAAAUGGGCAACGGACGGAUCAGGACGAAAUAGCAAAGCGAUGCCAUUUCUUCCUCUUUCUCGUACUUGAUUCUGUGGAGGUCCUCGCUCGCGAUCAUUGAAUUUGAGCGUAACAGUUACCUACCGUAAGUUUUUACACCUCCGGCACUGUGGUUUUAAACUGGAACUGGACUGUGACGACUAUGUUUUGCACCUUCACAACUCGUGUGUAAAGAUUGAACGGAACUUGGACUCUUGCUGGCGGAACUUCGUGUCGACUCUUCUGGGACUUUUUCGAGGACUCCAUUUGGCUCUGGGUGACGCCGUGGACGUCCUCGCGCGUGAUCAUUAAAUCUGAGCGUAAAAGUUACGGUAGUUACCUACCGUAAGUUCUUACGCCUCCAGCACCGUGGUUUUAAACUGGAACCGGACUGCGACGACUAUGUUUUGCACCUUCACAACUCUUGUGUAAAGAUUGAACGGACUGCAACUAUGUGUUUUGCACCUUCACAACUUUCUGUGUAAAGAUUGAACGGACUGCAACUAUAUGUUUUGCACCUUCACAACUCUUGCGUAAAGAUUGAACGGAAAUUGGACUCUUGCAGGCGUAACUUCGUGUUGGGUCUGGGUCUUUUUCCAGGACUCCAUUUGGCUCUGGGCGACGUCGUGGACGUCCUCGCUCGUGAUCAUUGAAUCUGAGCAUAAAAGUUACCUACCGUAAGUUCUUACGCCUCCAGCACCAUCGUUUUAAACUGGAACCGGACUGCGACUAUGUGUUUUGCACCUUCACAACUCUUUUGUGUAAAGAAUCUGAAGAUUGAACGGAAAUUGGACUCUUGCAGGCGUAACUUCGUGUUGACUCUUCUGGGUCUUUUUCCGGGACUCCAUUUGGCUCGGGGUCCUUUUGUUCGGACUUGCAUUUGAUGGAUGUGAUGUUGUUUGUUUUCUUCAUCUGUCAGUACAAGUCGGUCACUUGAUGGAUGUGACGCUGUGGUCUGUAAUUGGGACUUUUGCGAGUUAACAAAAAAACACAGAAAAA